CUCUAAUUGGCCGAUAUGGCGAUGAAACUAUUAAUUUUUAGAAGAAAACAAGAAUAUGAAGGCACUUUAAUUAAAUAUCAUUAACGUUACAUAGGCAAAGCGGAGGGGGGAGUGCUUAUAAUGUUUCUUUAGCACCUUUAAAUGUUUCGUGUUUCUGACACUUUAAACGCUUAACCUCAUAAAUUUAUACUUUAUAAGUAAACCGUUGUCGACAAUAACACCAAGUAUUAGUGGGAAGUUACAUAAGAAAAACGGUAUGCACAAAACUUAUUUUUCCUUAACACUGUGUAUCGAUUAUUAUUAUUUUUUAUUACUUUUAUGAAUCAUCGUAUGGCUUAUUUUGAUCGGGAGUAGACAUAAAAGGCUCAAGUUCGGUCGUCCUAAAAGGGGAUGGAAGUUCUUUCUUAAGUCAGUCGUCUCCAUAGACAGUGAGAACAAACACACUGUCUCCUUCGUCUUAACUCUUAGCUACUCGUUCUCAAAUUGUAGCGAUAAAAAAUUAUAUUACAUUUUAUGCAACAUUCAAGAAAAGCAUAUCUAAUAUGGCUACUGGUAUCAUGCGACUUAAAAUAAAUUCAAUUAGCGUAGGAACAACCAAUUUUAUCCUAAUUGGUAUUAUUAUUGCAAAACAGAAUCCGAGGCUUGUAAUUUCCAAAAAAGAUAAUACAACUUGGUACGUUUUUACAUUUACCUUGCGAGAUUCUCCUGAAGGUUUCCUAAAUGUGACUGCGUGGGGUUCUUUUGAAUACAUUAAUAAAAUAAAUGCGACAUUCAAAAUCGGAGAUGUCGUUGACAUAGUUAAUGCAAAAAUUUCUUUUAGAAAAAACGAAGGUGCAAUUAAUCAAUUUACACCAUCAGUAACAAGCUGUUUAGGUUUAACGCUCUAUCAAAAUGGAUCUCAAAUAUCUAAACAUGACCAAAACGAUUGCAAACUGUAUCAAUAUCUUUUGAGACUGCCCACGCGCUCGCCUAAUAGCUGUUUAGUUAUUGCCGACAUUCAUUCCCAUGGCAAGAUUUUGUGCGGAAAAUACUGCUGUCUAAUGGUAGCAGUAAGACAAGUGAACAAUGCUAAAUGUAUAAAGAGCAAAACUGGCGUGGAAUGUAAUUUGAGAGAAAUCACAGUAAUGGACAAAACGCACUCAUCUUUAAUUUUGCUGAUUUGGAACGACGAACUGGUGAAAAGUGCUAGCCAAUGGAUUCCCAGGGAGACUAUUCUAUUUUUAGCUGAUGUGCGUCUGGACUGGAGUGAAUUUAAAGAAAAUAUGAUAGCCAUAGUGACUGGCAAGACAAUAAUUACCGAAAACCCAUGCACAAAAGAGGCAGAGGCUCUCAGAAAUUUUUCUGAAUUAUGUUCGAUCGGUCCAAUAACAACUAUUAAUACUACAUUUGUAGUUCCUGAUGUGGAGACUAUAGUGAACAUAAUGUCUUGCAAAAAUAUCAAGAAAACGUGCAAUAUACAAGGUAUGCAAGAAUUCACCGCUCUUGUAUAUGCAGUUAUAAGCAAAUUUGAUAUCGAUGGAUUAACCUCUUUUGUCUAUACAAAAUGUAAUUUAUGUGGCUCACGAGUAAACAAUGAUUUCAAAACAUGUUUAAAUUUUGAAUGUAUUUCUAAUAUGCCAGUGGGGCACGGUGUAGAAGACCUUCGAUGUGUGUUAAACAUCCGAAUGUCAUUAACAGACUCCUCUGGUACUUUAGAAAAUUGUCAAGUAAGCGAUCAUACUGCAACAAAAUUACUAGGAUCAGUAGAAGAUUUCCUGAGUAUGAGUUCAACACAAAAGACUGAAAUCAAAUGGAAAUAUCUAUUCACUAACUGUGCUGUCAAACUAGUAAUUCCUAAAUAUCAACCAAAAAAAAAGCUAAUUAUUUCUAUAGUUGACAUCAGAAAUGAAGGGAAUAUUUUUCAGUACAUAUCAGAUAUGCCUCUUUUUUAAUUUAAUAUUAAACACAUCAUUUUUUAAUUACUACAAAAGUUAAUUAAUUUUUUGUUUUCCUACAUAAAAUAUUUCAUUUUACUUUUAAUUUGCAUAGUAAUACACUUAAUGUUUUACUACACAAUAUUGUCAUAAAUUUCAAUGAAAUGCAAAUGUACAAGUCAUCUUUAUUCAACAUAUUUAAGAAAUUAUAUAUA